AUGUAUCUUUCCGUCAGCGCCGCCUUGCUCUUUGGGAAAUGCGUUGCAGCGUUUCCCUAUUCCUUUGGUACUCAAAACGGCAAUGGGAGUUCGGCAGCCAGCCCGUUUGGCUUCUUUACAAACAACACCAUUUAUCAAACCACGGGCAAAGAAAGUAUUACGUACCCACGCUACACUGAGCUCAAGGAUGGCACCAUCCUUGCAACAUCGUCUCUUUCGGGUCAUUCACCAGCAUACUUCCCCGUUUUCGAAAGCCGCGACGGGGGAGCCACCUGGAAAUGGUUGUCUGACAUUAAGGACACAGUAAAUGGUUGGGGUUUCGGCUCUCAGCCUGCCCUCGCCGAAUUGACAGAACCCAUUGGUGGCUUCGACGUGGGUACUGUUUUAGCGUCCGGAAACAGUGCAAGUGACAACGGUACUCGCAUCGACCUUUAUGCGAGCACGGACAAAGGAUUAUCUUGGAAGUUCGUCAGCCACAUCGCGCACGGCGGACGGCCUAACACGACCAAUGGAGCAGACCCGAUCUGGGAACCUUACUUACUCGUUUACAAUCAUUCUCUUGUCUGCUACUACUCGGAUCAGCGGGAUCCUAAACAUGGCCAGAAACUAUCCCACCAAGUGUCAACGGAUCUCAAGACCUGGGAUGCUCCAGUCGAUGACGUGGCAUACGAUGAGUACACGGCGCGUCCUGGCAUGACCGUUGUUACGUUCAUUCCGCCUAUCAACAAGUGGAUCCUUGUGCAUGAGUUCCCGAUCGGUAAUUCGAGCUCCCACGGCUCCCACUACCCUGUCUACUAUCGCCUCGCGGACUCACCUCUCGACUUCCGCCUCUCCGAAGGCCUACCAAUCGUCAUCACGCCCACGUUAGUGCCAAACGCAAGUCCCUAUGUCACAUGGAGCCCGUCCGGAGGACCAAAUGGCACAAUUGUCGUGUCUGAUGCCGACCGACCCCAAGUUUAUACCAACCGCUUCGGAGGACAGCUAGAUAAGUGGGAGAGUCAUAUGACACCAGCAGGGGCCACUUACAGCCGCGCUAUACACGUUCUCCAAAAGUACCCAGACCAUCUUAUGAUCUUUGGCGGGGAGACUUUCGACAAUAUGAACCUCCACCUACACACACCAUUCACAGCAACGGUGGUGAAUUUGACACAAACUCUGUUUAACUAA